UAAUAUUCUUGAAUGCCUUGAGCUUUUAUAAGACAAUAUAGGUAUAACCCUGAAAGAUCGUAGACCUUAGGGUCAGUUCUUGGGAGUGUGAUUAUUGCAAAUAACCAGCCUUAUUCGUUACAUUUCGUGGUGUGUCGUGUGUCGACUGCAUACUUAAUAAAUUACGCGUGAUUUGUGACGUCUACGUGUGACGUAUUUGUUAUAAUCAGAAUUAGCAUGAUGCUCUACAAUAGGUUCAUUGCGGUCGGGAAAGAAAAGUUGCUGUUUUUUCUCGGGAAACAUGGUGUACGUCAUUUAGGCUCGAUGACCCAGGUGUACGCGAGCGUCCGCCAGUCCGAUCUCCCCGGCUACCCCGGUUGCCAGUGCACAACGGUAGCGCUCGCCGCCAUCCUACACUGGGAACUGGUGCGGAAGCAGGGUAGAAGCCGACCAACAGCCGCAAUGGUCAAUGAAAUUAUGCGCACCGGAAACCGGCUGCACAAUCUGUUCAGAGACGUGUACCAACUCAGUGUGGAAGGGGACAACCGGGUUGCCAUUGACGACCUGCCUCUGGACCGCUACCUUACGUUGUGUAACGUCUUCAGUCAGCGGAAGGUUGUCGUCAAACGUUCCGGAGAUAUCAAAUACGUCUGUACCAGUGAAAUGCAAACGUUCGGAAAUGACAUAAUGUCACUAAAGCAGAUGCUUAUUAACGCCAAAUCACCUAGUGCAUUUCUGGUGACGUGCGGGGAUCUCUCACAGGCAAUCUUUAAACGGGAUGACGAAUAUGAACUGUUCGAUUCCCAUGGAUUCAUCAAAAUAUACAUGGGACACAAGGUGAAACCGAAAGGUUCCAUUUUUCGAUUCUUGUGUAUAACUGAAUUUGACAAGUUCAUAGUGUCCGUGCACGGGGAAGGAUCAUAUAUGCAGGUAGCAGAACUAACAGUGCGACCCGAACCUUAAGAAAACAGAGGCUAUCAAAGGUCGUUAAGUGUGACGGGUAUGAACCUGAUACGCUCAGGCCUGUACCUCAGGGACGAUCGGAAAUACCUGCUUGCCUUCAUCAAACAUGAAAUACGGCGAAAGUGAUUAUGUCACAUUGACCGGUGCCAGAGAAUGAGAUAAAGAGUUCAAAGCUAUAAGUUUUGUUGAAAACAUGCGCCACGUCCUUAUACAUUAUUCUCAUACAGAGAACGUGUACGUAAUCACAUCGAAAAACAUUAACAUGACAGUGGAAAGAAAUACAACGGAACAGUCGAAUAGAACAGUACAGUAGAUGAUAACAGAAUAGUAGGAAAGCACAGGACAGUAGAAAAAAAAACAGAACAGUACAAACUAUAGAAUAGUAGAGAGGAGCAGAACACUUGACAGAUCUUUACGUUAGAUAAGACCAUAACAUUGAUAGGAACAAAACACGGAAUAAACCCGAAAAUUAACAAGUGCAGUACGGUAUGGAGGAAUAUACAUUAUAGAAGAACAUAUCAGAAGAAUAUAACUUACAGAAGAACAUAACACAAAGCAGAAAAGAAAACAUGAAACGAAAAUACAGAACAUAAGAACAGGUAAAUGACCAAACAGCUGAAACGAGUAAAGACCAUAACCGACAAGCAGAAAAGAAACGAACAUUGCAGAUAAAAAAAACAGAACAAUGAGGACGAACAACUAAAGAUACAUAACAAAACAGUUUAGGAGCCAAGAAUAAACAGGUAGGAAAGAACAGAGAAGAGGACAAAACAGUAAGGAAAUACAGAACUGAACGACAGAAAAGAAAUCAAUUAUUUUUUGGCAUUUGGCAUACAAUAGUGAUUCAACAUGGUGAUAUCAAGUACUGAUUCUGCCAGGGAAGCGGACUUGAAUGUUUCCAUUGAAGACUCCACAUGAAUUCCUGCUGCUUCAAGUGUUCCGUUGAAUCUUUUUGCUUGAAAUCGGUUUAACAUUGAAAUUAGAAUCUAAUACAAUUUUCAUUAUACAUGUAUACAGUAUGAUAGAAAAUGAUUUAAGCGAAAAUAAUACAUAAUUUUCUGA